CUGACCGCCCGACCGGCUGCGGGCUGGACCGGCGGCGGGACGGCCGCGGGCCCGGGGCGGAGUUGGCUGAGAUCUGGGACGCAGCGCGGGGAAGCGGCCGGGCGCCCCGCGGCGCCGGGAUGUGGAGUGGCUCACCCCAACCAGAAGAGGGGCUCCUGCCACCCCUCACGGCUGUCCCGGGUUCCUGGAAGAGCGUGGGGGCCCACCGGGAACCCCCAGGAGCCCUGGGGGAGACCUCUGCAGGGGAGAAGGCCCAAGGCGAGGAGGGUCCCACAGCCGCCCAGCUGGACGUGUCGCGCCUGCGCAGCAGCUCCAUGGAGAUCCGAGAGAAGGGCUCAGAGUUCCUGAAGGAGGAGCUGCACAAAGCCCAGAAGGAGCUGAAGCUGAAGGACGAGGAAUGUGAACGACUGUACAAGGUGCGUGAACAGCUGGAGCGGGAGCUGGAGGAGCUGACUGCCAGCCUGUUCGAGGAAGCCCACAAGAUGGUUCGGGAGGCCAACAUGAAGCAGGCUACAUCAGAGAAGCAGCUCAAGGAGGCGUGGGGCAAGAUCGACAUGCUGCAGGCAGAGGUGACCGCCUUGAAGACGCUGGUCAUCACGUCCACGCCAGCCUCUCCCAACCGGGAGCUUCACCCCCAGCUGCUGAGCCCCACCAAGACCGGGCCCCGAAAGGGUCACGCACGUCAUAAGAGCACCAGCAACGCCCUCUGCCCCGUCGUGUGCCCCGCUGCGGGCCGCGCCCUCACCCCAGACAAGGAGGGCAAAGAGCCUGGGCUGCCUCCUCUACUCUCCCUACUCCUCUGUGUGACCCCCAGCAAGGCUGUCCACCUCACCUACGAGCCGGCCUGGCAGCUCCUGCCUGGGGAGCCGGCCACGGCCCCUACUUCUGCUACCUCUUCCUCCUUUUUCCGACAGGUGGACACAACCCUAUUUGCAGAGUUCCAGGCCUGGAGGGCAUCGCCCACCCUCGACAAGACCUGCCCCUUCCUGGAAAGAGUCUACCGAGAGGAUGUGGGGCCCUGCCUGGACUUCACCAUGCAGGAGCUCUCUGCCCUGGUCCGGGCCGCCGUGGAGGACAAUACACUGACUAUCGAGCCCGUUGCUUCACAGACACUGCCUACAGUGAAGGUGGCCCCUAUUGAGUGUGGCAGCUCCAGCAGCAACACGUGUGCCCUGAGCGGGCUGGCUCGCACCUGCCGCCAUCGCAUCCGGCUGGGGGACUCUGAGGGCCACUACUACAUCUCACCCUCUUCCCGGGCUAGGAUCACCGCAGUGUGCAACUUCUUCACCUAUAUCCGCUACAUUCAGCAAGGCCUGGUGCGGCAGGACGCGGAACCCAUGUUCUGGGAGAUCAUGAGGCUGAGGAAGGAAAUGUCACUGGCCAAGCUGGGCUUCUUCCCCCAGGAGGCCUAGGGUGUGUGGCCUGGAGCGGGACUCUGAGCCGGAGCAAGCGAGCCGCCUCGUGACACAUAGGAUGACAGGGUCCCGAAAAACAGCCCUGAGCCAGAAGCUGGAAAGUACAAACAGCCAGGCUAUGAAGGCACCACUGAGCCAGGACAGACAGAGGGACAAGCUGGCCUGGACCGCAUGAGAUGACCCUUCUGUCUUCACCGAACAACCACCAGGAGAAUUUCCAGAGAGCACCAAAGACCGAGGAGCCCUGAGCCAUAUUUAGGGGGUCCGGGAGAGGACACCUGGAGACACCUGCCCCCAACCCCCAUCCCGGGAGCUGCUACCCAUAGGUGCCUUGUUACUGCCACGGAUUCAGAGAGGGACUGGUGGUGCUAUCAGGGUAGCCACCAUCCCCGUCCCCAGGCCCUGGGCCACCAGCGCCCCCUGGUGGCCACCCCACAGCCUGCUUCCCCCGUGGGCUUGGGUGUCGGGCUGUCCCCAGGGGCCUUGUUACUCUGAGGGCCUCUUAACAGCUGUCUCCUCCAACCCGCACAAGUGCUGCCAUCCUCCCAGUGCAUACAGCCUGCCCCGUCCCCCUGACCUCCCACUUCAUUCCUGGCCGCAAGAGCUCCUGUCCCCAGAACAGCCGGUGGACUGGGGCCCUUUUCCUUCCAGAGUGUGACACAGAGGGGACCUCGGGACGUAUUUGCAGCCGUAGUGGGGAGGGGGCCUUUCAGAUCCCAGUGGCCCUGUAUGUGGGACCGGGAGAGGGAGGUGGGCAGGCCCCAGGCCCCAACCCACCUGUCACAGCCCACUCAGAACAGACCGGGGUUAGGGGCUCUAACCUGGACAUGUCCCUCACCAUGCCCCUGUUUCCUCCUUUGAACGGAAUGUAACACAAUCUCUAUUUAAUAAAGGAAGGCUUUGUUGGUA